GUCUGCGAGCGGGCCAAGGCCGGCUGCUCGCCCAUCAUGCAGCAGUACGGCUUUGCCUGGCCCGAGAGGAUGAGCUGCGACAGCCUGCCGGUGCUGGGGGACACCGAGGUGCUCUGCAUGGGAUACAACCGGACGGAAGCCACCACCCUGCCGCCUUUCUUCGGGAAGCCCACGCGCCCGGCCAAGGACACGGCCAAAAACCUGACGCCGCUGGGCGGGCAGCGCCCCUCGGGGCUGGACUGCGGCCGGGCUUGCAAGUGCAAAGCGCCCCUGAUCCCCAUCUCUAAGGAGUCCCAUCCGCUGUACAACCGCAUCAGGACUGGGCAGGUACCCAACUGUGCUAUCCCGUGCUACCAGCCCUACUUUACCCAAGAUGAGAAGACCUUCGCUACCUUCUGGAUCGGCCUCUGGUCCAUUCUCUGCUUCCUCUCCACCUCCACUACUGUGGCCACUUUCCUCAUUGACAUGGAGCGCUUCAAGUACCCCGAGCGCCCCAUCAUCUUCCUCUCUGCUUGCUACCUGUUUGUCUCCGUGGGCUACAUUGUGCGGCUGGUGGCAGGGCAUGCCAACGUGGCUUGCAACCCAGAGCACCACCACAUCCACUAUGAGACCACAGGUCCUGCCCUUUGCACUGUGGUUUUCCUUCUCCUCUACUUCUUUGGCAUGGCCAGCUCCAUCUGGUGGGUCAUCCUGUCCCUCACCUGGUUCCUGGCAGCUGGCAUGAAGUGGGGUAACGAGGCCAUUGCUAGCUACGCACAGUAUUUCCACCUGGCUGCCUGGCUUAUCCCCAGUGCCAAAUCCAUCGCUGUACUGGCACUCAGCUCCGUGGACGGUGACCCAGUGGCCGGGGUUUGCUAUGUGGGCAACCAGAGCCUGGAGAACCUGCGGGGCUUUGUGCUGGCACCGCUGGUGGUUUAUCUCUUCACCGGCAGCCUCUUCCUGCUGGCCGGCUUCGUCUCUCUCUUUCGUAUCCGCAGCGUGAUCAAGCAGGGCGGCACCAAGACUGACAAGCUGGAGAAGCUGAUGAUCCGUAUUGGCAUCUUCACUGUGCUCUACACCGUGCCUGCCACCAUCGUCAUCGCCUGCUACAUCUACGAGCAGCACAACCGGGAGGCGUGGGAGCGGGCGCAGAACUGCUCCUGCCCGGGGGACCCCCACCGCCCCAAGCCCGACUAUGCUGUCUUCAUGCUGAAGUACUUCAUGUGCCUUGUGGUGGGCAUCACCUCUGGUGUCUGGAUCUGGUCUGGCAAGACACUUGAGUCCUGGAGGCGCUUCACAGCCCGCUGCUGCCAGACCAGGAAGCCUGCGGGCGCC